CACGAGUCAAGCCGCCCCGAAAGCCAUGCACGAGUGUUGCGUGUCGGUGCAACAGCGCAAGUGAUUGCUAUACUGUAGGAGGCUACGCGUUGGCAGCUGGGGUGACGCUCAGGAAAGCUCGAUGAGCAUGGCGCUGUUGCCCACUCGUGACUCAUGUCUUGAGAGACGUUGCGUCGUGCACAGUCACAUUUCGUUAGGAAGCGCCUUGCUCACCCAAAACGAUCACAUGCGCGCUUCAUCCUCCCGCUCACAUCUAGCCUCGUCCAACUGACCCUUUCUCCAUCAGCAGCAGGUCAGACUCGCUCUCCUCGGACUGCCCUGCCUUACGCGUGCUUCACCUCGCUCCGACCAAGAAGCACAUCAUGUCGAUCCUUCAAAAAGCAGAUCCAUCCGUCUUGCGUGACAAGCUGCGCGAGAUCAUCGCCGAGGCUGACAAAAAGGCAUCCUCCGAGGCAGCAGCGGGCAGGAUCGAGCUCAAGAGGGGCUACUGCACCAUUCCGCUGCCCGGCAUCGAUGUGCCCUUUCACUCUCGCGUCCUGAAUGGAGGUGUGCCAGAAUUUCACGCCUUCUUGUCCAAGAGGGUGGGAGACAUCAAUCCCGAUGCGCUCAUCAACAAGUACAUUCCAAACCUCGUAGCCAAGCCGUUCCAACUCACGAAAGAGUAUGCGCAACUCAUUCUCGACACGACAGGAUCGCCUAGACUGGAAAAGAUGCUGCAAAAUUGGGACAAGGAUGGCUGGGGUACCGUCGAGAAGCGCCAGCGCCUCGCCAAGGAGCUCUUGCUGUUGCUCCUGAGUCAUCAAUUCGCCAGUCCCGUCAGGUGGAUCGAAACGCAAGACGUCUUUUUCAACGAGCCUUACUCCUUUGAGCGCCUCGUCGAGUUUGGCCCUGCACCCACGCUCAAAGGAAUGGCACAAAAGACGGCAGGUCUGAAAUACGCCGCUGCUGACCAAGCCAAGGGCAAGCGCCGAGCCAUGUUUUGCCAUAGCAGCGACAGGGACAAGAUCUACUACAACUUUGCCGACGCUGAAGCUGAUGCCGUCGAAACCACUCCGGCUGGACCCUCAGCGGGUGCUACUACUCCUGCUGCUGCUCCAGCGCCGGCUGUCGCGGCUCCUUCCCCUGCCCCUGCCCCUGCCCCUGCUGCAGCGCCAGCCAGUGCAGCCGCAGAAGUUCCAGACGAGCCAUUGAAAGCGGUGGACACUCUGCGAGUCAUCCUGGCCCAAAAACUUAAAAAGCAACUUUCGGACAUUCCCCUCUCCAAAGCCAUCAAGGACCUCGUCGGCGGCAAGUCCACUUUGCAAAACGAGCUCGUGGCUAGUCUCGGCGAGGAGUUUUCCAGCCUCCCUGAACGAGGCGAGGAGCUCCCGCUCGACGAAUUGGGCGGAGCCCUGGGCGCUGGCUACAGUGGGACGAUGGGCAAGUACACAUCCGGUCUCGUCUCCCGCAUGGUCGGCGGCAAGCUUCCCGGAGGCUUCAACCUCGCAAGCGCCAAGUCGCACCUUCAGAAAGCGUGGGGAUUGGGUCCUGGUCGAACGGAUGCUGUCCUCCUCGUCUCGCUCACGCAAGAACCUCCCAAACGCCUGGGUUCCGAAGCGGAAGCAAAGGCGUUCCUCGACACUGCAGCCCAAACCUACGCUCAGCAUGCCGGUAUCACUCUUAGCCAAGGCGGUGGCAGUGCUGGCAGCUCCGGUGGAGGCGGUGGCGGGGCUACGAUCAGCGCUGAAGAGCUCGAAAAGAUCCAAGGCCGUCACGACGAGCACGCUCGCCGUCAAAUCGAAAUCCUCCAGCGCUAUCUCGGUGUGGAUGGUCGUGCUGGUCAACGCGUCGCAGAGAGCACCCGUUUGGAAGUCAAAGCUUUGCAAGAUCAGCUGGACGCCAUUUCUCGAGAGCACGGCGAAGAGUACAUCAACAUGAUUCGUCCCAAAUUCGACCCGCUCAAAGCUCGCCACUUUGCAAGCUUUUGGAAUUGGUCCAGGCAAGACGCCCAGCACCUCUGGUACGACAUCAUCAGUGGGCGUCUCACGACCGUCGAUCGUGAAAUCACGCAGCGUUGUCUCAACAUCAUCUCGCGCGCCGACGACACGCUCCUUCACCUCAUGGCGUACACCAUCGAGCGCGUGGAUCCCGAGCUGGGUCCCACGUACGCGCUCGCCAAGCAGUUUGGUCAAAUGCUGCUGGAAAACUGUCGCGAGGCAUUGCCAAGCCCGCCCAUCUACAAGGAAGUGUACGCUCCCACCGCUCCACACACCGAAAUCGGAGCUAAGGGCGAAGUCAUCUACAGCGAGGUCAAGCGCGAACGCGUUCGCAAGCUGGAGGCGUACGUAGAAGAGAUGGCGCACGGAAAGCGUGUCGGCCCGCAGGUCAACGUAGAGCUGGCAAGAGAGCAAAUGGCCAAGCUCUGGACGCUCAUCAGAAACGAGCCUAGCUUUACCAAGGUCGGCAAAACGACCAUCAAGAGCAUGUACACCGAAGUCGUGCGCUCGCUCGGACCUGCUGGCCGCCAUCCCCGCAUUCGCGGUUCGAGCAGCCGUCGCCAAUCAUCUUCCGUCGCCCACGGCUCCCGUCCUACCGUCACGCCCGAGCCAUUCAGCCUCGCUGAUGACCGCGUCCCAUACCUAAAUGUCAAGCGCAAGGUUGGAGGAGAAUGGCAGACCAGCAAGCAGCUCACAGGCGUCUACAUGACGCUCCUCGAGGACAUGGCCAAGAAUGGAGUCACAUUCCAGGGACAAAAUGCUCUGCUGACGGGUGUCGGCAAGGGUUCCAUCGCGCUCGAAGUCGCGAAAGGAUUGCUGGCAGGUGGCGCUCGAGUCAUCAUCACCACCUCGUCCUACUCUCGCGCCACUCUAGACUUUUACAAGGAAAUCUUUCAAAAGGUCGGUGCGCGAGGCUCUCAGCUCACCGUUGUGCCAUUCAACGGCGCAAGCAAAGAAGACGUCAACAGCCUAGUCACCUACAUUUACGAGUCUUUGCGCGUCGACCUCGACAUUCUCAUUCCAUUUGCCGCCAUUCCAGCGUACGGACGGGAUGUGUCGGCCAUCGACGAUCGUGCAGAAGUCGCUUUCCGCGCCAUGAUGACGAACGUGCACCGCUUGCUCGGAGCUGUGCGCUCCGUCAAGGCGGCAAAACGCAUCAACACCAGACCGACCGUCGUCCUCUUACCCUUGAGUCCCAAUCAUGGCUCCAUGGGAGGAGACGGUCUCUACUCCGAGUCCAAGAUAGGCCUCGAAACGCUCUCAAACCGCGCGAUCAGCGAAGGUUGGGCGGAGUACGUGUCCAUCGUCGGCGUCGUCAUUGGUUGGUGUCGCGGUACGGGACUGAUGGAUGCCAACAACCAAAUCGCGGCCAAGAUCGAGGCUGCGGGCCUGCGCACAUUCAGCAGCACGGAAAUGUCGUUCAACCUGCUAGGAUGUCUCCACCCCCUGUUCAGAGCGACGGCUCAGGUGGAGCCUAUCCUUGCCGACCUGUCUGGAGGCUUCAACAGCGUGCCGGAUCUGGCCAAGCUCAGCACGAGGAUCAGGACGGACAUCGCGAAUGAGAGCGCUCGUCGUCGUGCGAUUGCAGCCGACGAUGCUGCCGACUACCUCGUCAUCAAGGGUUCUGCAGCCGAGAAGCUCCACCAGACGCGCCUCGUUCAAGCUCGCGCUCAACACUCUUUCGGCUUUCCGGCUCUUGGACCGUGGAGACCGGACGCUCUUGCCAUGCUUCGUGCCCUUCCGGCUCGCGUUUGAACAUCGCUUGUACUUGAUCGCUCUCUCUCUCCAUUCAGAUGUUCUUUGUCAAGAGACUACGUUCCGCUCGAUGUGAAUCGACGUAAUGUCUGCCCGCGUGACAUGCAGUGAGACGGCGAUUCGCUAAUUGAAGUGGGCAAGGCCGACGGGGUGCCUUGCUGCGUGCACUACGUCGCCGGGAGACGACGAUGAGGGCAUCCAAAGACGUGUUGAAUGCCCUCAUCAAGGUCUAGCGCCGAACUGCGCAGCGGGGG